AUGGCACAAGCUAGCAGCGGCGUCGUUACAUAUUCAUCCAACUAUGUCCUGGUGGCGUUGAGUAUCGACCGAUACGACGCAAUCGCACAUCCAAUGAAAUUCCACGCUGGGUCUUGGCGGAUGCAAUGCUGGAUCCAACUCGAACCGGCCCACUGGCAAAUAUACAUUACUCUGGUUUUCGUGGCUUUAUUUUUCCUCCCGGCAUUCAUCAUAGCUGGAUGCUACAUCGUAAUCGUUAAGACAAUUUGGAGCAAAAGCAAAGCGGUAGUCACAUGCAAGAGGAGAUGGUACGGGAAAGCGAACGUUGAGCAAAAUCGUUCUUUAUCGAGCUUCGCCGAAGACACGGAUAUUCGGCGGGCCAGCUCUCGAGGCAUAAUUCCUCAAGCAAAAAUAAAAACUAUCAAAAUGACGCUGAUCAUCGUAUGCGAUACGGGGAAAACCCGCGAAAUAAACGGUGCGUUGCUGCUUGCAGUUUUCAUCUCUUGCUGGAGCCCCUACGUGGUGUUCGAUCUCCUCCAAGUUUACGGAUUACUCCCAUAUUCACAAACUACGAUAGCGGUUGCCACAUUUAUUCAGAGCCUGGCUCCUUUGAAUUCAGCCGCUAACCCGAUCAUCUACUGCUUGUGCACGACGCACAUAUGCUCCAAUCUCCGGCAAAUCAAAUUCAUUGAUUGGCUGGCGAGGAAAUUCUGCUGUUGCUGCCCCGCCAACGGCGCCGGGGACGACGCGAGUUUCCAGCGGACCACCACGCAACACACGACGACGACUGAUGGCCGGACGGGCCGAGGCGCAAACGCUGGCGCCAUCCCGCUCACGGCGCGUCGCGGCACCGACGUCCAGCAACGCAUUAACGGCGCCGCUGGGCCCAAGAAACACGCCGUGUUCGUUCACGAUGCGUUGUACAAAAGCAAGAGCGCAUCGGCCGCCACAGACGCCGCGGAGAAGUCUUCCCGCCGGGCUCUGUUGGCAGCCACGCGAUCUCAGCCCGGCGACAUGGACUCCGAGAUCGUCUCGGAGGCGGUUUGA